AUGGAAUCUGAACAGGAGGAGGUAGCAGCGGCCCUGGUGACGCACGCGCAGCUCCUUGCACUGCAGCGCCCGCCGCAGGACGAGGGUGCCACGACGUUGCUCGUUGCACCCAGGUGUCCAAAGCUGCGUGACUUCGAGGACUACCUGGAGCUUUGCAGCUGGGUGGAAGAAGCCUUCUCAGAAGGGAACCUGAUCGGCAAGGUGCAGAUGGCAGUUUUUCAUCCAUACUUCCGAUUCAAUGGUUCUGAUGCUGCAGAUUGUGCAAAUUUUGUGGGCCGUGCGCCACAUCCUGCUUUCCACCUUCUACGAGAAGAGGAGGUUUCAGCGGCUUUGGCUGGCUUCCACCUUGCGGGCAAAGAUGCGUUUCAGGACCCGGAGGCGGUCGGGAAAUUCAUUGCUGAGCGAAAUGCGAGGUUUCUCCGUGAACAAGGGGGAGAAGCUUGCCUUCGAGAUUUAAGGGCUUGCGCUGCGUCUGACAGCAUCAGGGAGCAAGCUGUCAUGGAAAAAGCUGAGACUCGUGGGGAGGGUUUGGGUUGA